AUGCCUAUGGAUUGCGCAAGCCGCCCUCUUGAAAAAUCGCAAAGCCGGACCCGGCGUGUGUUUAUCUUAUCUCGGGCUGGAAGCGGAAACGUCAGAUUAAGGGGUCUCGGCCACUUCGGCUUGUCGCUUCUCCGUGAAGAGGCUCCAAUUGACGGCCCGGGCCCAGCGCCGGCAUGUGUUCCGCAGACCGGACGACCCUCCGGCCAGCUCCUUUGA